UUAUCACGUUAUACUUAUACGUCAUUUGUAAUCUGUAUUCCGUCCGUAUCCGGCGACUAUUGUAGGCGUGCGCGCUGCGCUUGCUGUUGUUGUUGGGUUUAAUUUAAUUUGAUAAUUUAACGGUUACAUUCACGGCUCACACGUGAAAUCUGAGCGUACAGCUUCAUUAGCCAUUACAAUAACAGUAUAUUAUUUUAUCAUCAUAGACGUUUUUUUACUGAUAUAUAUAUAUAUGUUUUGUUAAUCAUCGUUGUUGCCGGAAAAUUCUUUGGCCGUUAACCGGACAACGCGGCUUUCGUUGUCUUCGGUCCAGUUGGAGUUGCCACCCAGUAUUUGUUGUUCGCGCCCCUUGUGCUACAUCGCCAUUGUUGCUGUGCUUCGACCGUCCGCUGAAACAUGUCGUCCAAACCGAAAGAUGAAGAGAUCAAAAUCCCAGAGAUAAUUGUAGACAACAAGACCAAUAAGAGAUAUCAGAGGGGCAGUUUUUUGGGAAAGGGAGGUUUUGCGAAAUGCUAUGAAAUUGUGGACAUGCGUACAAAAGAAAUAUUUGCUGGAAAAAUUGUUUCAAAAAAAUACCUAGUAAAACACAAUCAAAAAGAUAAAAUGACACAAGAAAUUCAUAUUCACCAAAGGUUAAAACACAAAAAUAUUGUGUCAUUUCACAGUUUUUUUGAAGACUCUGAUUUCGUUUAUAUAGUUUUGGAGCUUUGCCGAAAGAGAUCUAUGAUGGAGUUACACAAAAGACGAAAAACUUUAACUGAACCAGAGACUAGGUACUAUGUGUGUCAGAUACUUGAAGGCACUCUUUUCUUACACAAUUUAGGCAUUAUUCAUCGAGACUUAAAACUAGGCAAUCUGUUUUUGAAUGAUGAGAUGGAAGUAAAAGUUGGAGAUUUUGGUUUAGCCGCUAGAAUCGAAUAUGACGGGCAACGUAAAAAGACGUUAUGUGGAACACCAAACUAUAUUGCGCCAGAAAUAUUAAGCAAAACAGGGCACAGCUUUGAAGUCGACGUAUGGUCCAUUGGUUGUAUUAUGUAUACACUUUUGGUAGGGAAACCACCAUUUGAAACAAGUUCGCUUAAAGAAACAUAUGCGAGAAUAACGCGGUGUGAUUACAAUGUACCCUCUCAUGUAAACAAAAGUGCCAGUAUUCUAAUCAGCAAAAUGCUACAAUCGGAUCCAAAAAAACGUCCAUCAGUGUCCGAUAUAAUGAAAGCUGAUUUUUUCACCACUGGUUAUAUGCCAAAAAGGUUGCCACCGUCCUGCUUAACUAUGGCGCCACGUUUCGAUUCAAUCAACUACAGAGAGUCGAUAUCUAAUCGCAGGCCACUUAACGAACUUAACAGUCCAAAAGCUGUUGUCACGAAAGCUGCAUCUAAACCUCAAGACUCUUCCAAAGUUCCUCCAUUUAACCUACCAAACAGAGUGAUUGAUGGAAACGGUGUGUCCGUAAGUGAGUGUAAAGAACAUAUGUUGUCGUUAGAAAGAGAAUUGGAAAAAUUACUGAAGACUAAUCUUGCUAAGAAAGGAAUGAUAAAUAUGGAGGAGGGCACGGAUCCAGCUGCACAACCUCUUGUAUGGGUGAGUAAAUGGGUUGAUUACUCAGAUAAAUAUGGAUUUGGUUAUGAGCUGUCUGAUGAUUGCGUGGGCGUCAUGUUCAAUGAUUUCACUCGUAUUGUGCUCCUAGCAAAUUUUAAAGAUGUUCACUACAUAGAGAGAAACGGUUCUGAACAAUACUACACCAUUGAUCACACGCCUCAGACUUUGGAAAAAAAAAUUAAAUUACUCAUGUACUUCAGGCGAUAUAUGAACGAUCACUUGAUCAAGGCUGGGGCAGAUAUAUUGGCAAAAGACGCUGAUCAGUUAAGCCGUACUCCAUACAUGUAUCAAUGGUUUAGAUCGACUACAUCGGUUAUCAUGCAGCUUACGAAUGGUACAUUACAGAUCAAUUUCACAGAUCACAGUAAAGUCAUACUGUGUCCUAUGAUGAAUGCUGUUACAUUCAUCGAAAACAAUAUAUUUCGCACGUAUCGUUUUAUUACGAUUGCAGAAAACGGUUGCAGUCUAGAAUUAGCCAAAUGUUUGGAGUACGCUUACAAAAAAAUUGUUUCUAUUAUUAGGGAAAGCAAGUAAUCUUAUUUUUCAUUGUUCAUUUUGUUGUUGUAUAAGAAGUUGGACUGAUUAUUAUUUAUAUUUACAAGACAAUAUUAGAGAAUAAUACCCGAGUAUUGGGGUGCUACAAUGUUAAGCUGUAAUAAUAGUGUUCUAAUGUAAUAAUUCUUCUGAUGUUGUUCAUUUUGAAUGAGUAAAUAAUUCAUAUAAUUUAAAAAAAAAAUCAAAUUCAUAUAAAUAUAAUUCUUUUUUUUUAUCAAUUUAUGUUAAAAAAAGGUAUCAAUU